AUGGCCCCCGGCAGCCGGAGCCCCUCGUCCCAGGUCUCAGUCCCAUCAAUGAGCACUGAGAAUGUGGCUCCUGGGUGCCGAGCACUGUGCCCACCUCUGGGGGAGGUGAAGGAAGGUUACACACUAAGGGUCCCGGCCCUCUCUGAGCUAACAAACAUCUCUGUACAGAGCAGACGGGAGGGGCUCUCAGAGGGAAAGCUCUACCUGUUUGGGGGCCAAGAAACUCCCUUUUCUCAGAAGGAGUUGGUGACCUUCAAGGAUGUGAUGGUGGACUUCACUGAAGAGGAGUGGGGGCUCUUGGACCCUUCUCAGAAAAAGCUGUACAUGGAGGUCACACUGGAGAAUGUCCAGAAUCUGCUGUCCCUGGAUAUGGAACUCAAGUUUGAUUGGAAUGAGCUGACUGGAAAUCUGGGACUUUUUGUGGAAGAAUGUGACCUGCAAAAAUUCAUGAAGGAUGGACCCUGUGCCUUGACUUUGAGGGAAAUCCAUGCCUCUAACAUCCAAGUAGAUAAUCCAAAGACUGACUGUGAAUUGGAGGAAAGUAGAAAGACAUUCAGGCAAUCUUCUUUCCUAAAUCACUAUAAGAAAAUGAAUUCAGGGAAUAACUGGCUACUGGAUAGUGAAUAUCAGAAAUGUUUUCCUGAACAGGUAGAGCUUUUUGAUUCCCAAGAGAAGCCUGCUGAAAUAUUAAUGAAUCCAGAUAAUCAAUGGGAAAUGGCCUUUAGCAAGAGUUCAGACCUCAUUACGUAUCAGAAAAAUGAUAAUGGGGAAAUGUUUUGUGUUGGUAGUCAAGAUGUAAAGACCUUGAGUCAAACUUCUAAACUCAUUAUUCAUCAGGCAAUUCACAUAAAUAAGCAACCUGAUGAGUAUAAUGAAUGUGAAACAAUUUCAUCCCAUCAUUCAUCUCUUCCUUGCCAAUUUAGAGUUGAUCCUGGAAUGAAAAAAUCUUCAUUAGUUGAGUGUGGGAAGGCCUAUUCUUGGAAUUCAGAUCUUGACAGCUCUCAAAAGAUUCAUAUUGGAAGGUUUUAUAAAUGUAAUGAAGGUAAGAAGAUUUUCCCAAAGCGAUUCUUUCUUGCUGUACCUGACGGAAUCCAUACUGGAGAGAAACCUUUUUUAUGUAAUCAAUGUGGAAAGGCUUUCAGAUACAAUUACAAGCUUAUUGAACAUCAGAGAGUUCACACUGGAGAAAAACCAUAUAAAUGUAAUCAAUGUGGAAAGGCUUUCAGAUACAAUUACAAGCUUAUUGAACAUCAGAGAAUUCAUACUGGAGAAAAACCAUAUAAAUGUAAUCAAUGUGAAAAGGCUUUCAGAUACAAUUACAAGCUUAUUGAACAUCAGAGAAUUCACACUGGAGAAAAACCAUAUAAAUGUAAUCAAUGUGGAAAGGCUUUUCGACUCACUUCCAUUCUUGCUUAUCAUCAAAGAAUCCACACUGGCAAAAAACCUUUUGAAUGUAAUCACUGUGGAAAAGUUUUUACAUUCAAGGCUUAUCUUACUGAACAUCAGAGAAUCCAUGCUGGAGGCAAACCUUAUAAAUGUAAUCAUUGUGAAAAGGCUUUUAGAUAUAGUUCCAAGCUUGCUGAACAUCAGAGAAUCCACACUGGAGAAAAACCUUUUGAAUGUAAUGACUGUGGAAAAGCUUUUACACGCAAAUAUUGUCUUACUGAACAUCAGAGAAUCCACACUGGAGAAAAACCUUAUAAAUGUGAUGAGUGUGGAAAGGCUUUUCGACUCAGUUUCAUUCUUGCUUUACAUCAGAAAAUCCACACUGGAGAGAAACCUUUUCAAUGUAAUCAAUGUGAAAAGGCUUUCACAAAGUGGCAUCUUCUUGCUUAUCAUCAGAGAAUCCACAAGAAACCUUUUGAAUGUAAUCAGUGUGGAAAGACUUUCAGAUGCAAUUACAAACUUGCUGAACAUCAGAGAAUACAUACAGGAGAAAAACCUUAUAAAUGUAAUCAAUGUGAAAAAGCUUUCACACGAAAGGGAGAUCUUAAUAAACAUCAGAGUGUUCACACUGGAGAAAAACCUUAUAAAUGUGAUCAGUGUGGAAAGGCUUUUCGACUCCGUUCCAUUCUUGCUCAUCAUCAAAGAACCCACACCGGAAAGAAACCUUUUGAAUGUAUUCAGUGUGGAAAGGCUUUUACACAGAAAGGAAAUCUUGUUGAACAUCAAAGAAUCCACGCUGGAGAGAAACCUUUUGAAUGUAAUCAAUGUGGAAAGGCUUUCACAAACAAAUAUAAGCUUGCUGACCAUCAGACAACCCACACUGCAAAGAAACCUUUUGAAUGUAUUCAGUGUGGAAAGGCUUUUACACUGAAAAGAAAUCUUGUUGGACAUCAGAGAGUCCACACUAGAGUGAAAUAUUUUGAAUGUAAUCAAUGUGGAAAGGCUUUCAGAUUCAAUCACAGCCUUGCAGAACAUCAGAGAAUCCACACUGGAGAGAAAUCUUUUGAAUGUAAUCAGUGUGGCAAAGCUUUUAUACGCAAGGCUUACCUUACUGAACAUCAGAGAAUUCAUGCUGAAGGCAAACCUUAUAAAUGUAAUCAAUGUGGAAAGGCAUUUACACGUAAAGCUUAUCUUACUGAACAUCAGGGAAUCCACAGAGGAGAAAAACCUUAUAAAUGUAAUCAGUGUGCAAAGGCUUUUACAUAUAGUUGCAAGCUUGCAGAACAUCAGAGAAUCCACACUGGAGAAAAACCUUUUCAAUGUGAUCAGUGUGGAAAAGCUUUCACCCGAAAGGGAGAUCUUAAUAAACAUCAGAGUAUCCACACUGGAGAAAAACCUUAUAAAUGUGAUCAAUGUGGAAAGGCUUUUCGACUCAGUUCCAUUCUUGCUCAUCAUCAAAGAAUCCACACUGGAAAGAAACCUUUUGAAUGUAAUCAGUGUGGAAAAGCUUUCAGAUUCAAUCACAGUCUUGCAGAACAUCAGAGAAUCCACACUGGCGAGAAACCUUUUGAAUGUAAUCAGUGUGGGAAGGCUUUUAUACGCAAGGCACGUCUUACUGUACAUCAGAGAACUCACAUUGGAAAGCAACUUUUUGACAGUAAUGAGUGUGGAAAAGCUUUUAUAUAGAAGCGAAACCAUGUUGAAUGUCAAAGAACUCAAACUAGAGAGAAACAUUUGUAUGUAGUCAGUGAAAAAUGAUUUCACACAAAGGUCCUUUCUAGCUGCACUUCAGAUAAUCCACACUGGAGAGAAAACUUAUAAAUGAAAUUAACGUGGAAAGGCAUUCAGAUAUAAAUCCAAGAUUGGUAAACGUUAGAGAAUCCAUACUUAGGAUAAGAAUUAUGACUACAGUCAAUGUGAAAUGAAUUUCACAAAUAGCUUCCAUUUGGCUAUUGAUGAGACAGUCCACAGUGGAGAGAAAUGUUAUUAAUAUUCAAUGAGGAAAGGCUUUCAGAUGGAAGUCUCUUGUUAAACAUAAAAGACUCCACACUGAAGAACAAUGUAAUCAAUAUGGAAUGAUUUCAACAUGUGCUCCAAUCUUGCUAAAUAUUAAGGAAUCCACACGGGGACCAAACCUUAUGAGUGCAGUAAAUAUAGUACAACUUUGACUUAUCAUUCUUAGCCUAUUUCAGAGAAGAGGAUCCCCACUUGAGGAAACCUUAUGCACAUGACUAAUCUGGUAAUACUUUCUAGCAACAAUCAUCUCAUUUCCCCACUCAGAGUUCAUGUAAGUCAACAAUCUGAUCAUUGUCCUGGAUAAGGAAAGACACUCAAAUGGAAUUUAGAGAUUUUUGCCUAUUGAGGAAAGCACUAAUCAGGGUGUGCAACAUUUUUCCCCCUUCACAGAGUGGGGGCGAUAAAUCAAACCGCACAGCUCACAAAAGCACUAAGAAUACCAGGGGUGGGCAGUACCAAGCUCAGCCCCUUCUCUGGGGUCUCAGUCAACUCCUCUCAAUUUCGAAGCUUGCCUGUUUGCAAACAGGUCUGCCCAUCCCAGGUGGUCAGGGGUUUCAUCCAUACACAGGUCUUGCUGGUGGGAAGCAGAAAGGGAUGACUGCCUCAGCCCCCAACCCAAUGAAAAUCAAACGUAUUCUCUCCCUGAGUACAAACCCCACUUCCUCCUCUUCUGCUCUUUCCAACAGAUGGGGAUCAGGAAGCCGGAGCCUGCUGAAGCACAAAUGGUUCUAAAUGGGCUCUGUUUUUUCGGUUUUCUCUUGUUUUUCCAAAACUCAUGAUAGGAUAAUUCUAUCCCUUUCCCUCCUCAAGAGAUCACAUGAGCCACCUUUUUGGAGGGGGACCACGUGACUUCUCCAAUGAAGCUUGAGGAUUUUAAUUGUAAGUUUUAAAAAUAAUCCUUCUGAUGGCUGUGGCUCUUUUCAAUAGUGAGAUGAUUCAGGCCAGUUCCAAUGGUCUUGUGACGGAGAGGGCCAUCUGCCCCUAGAGAGGGGCUUGUGGGAACUGUGUGUGUAUAACAACAUUGUAUUUUCACUUUUUCUUGUUGGCUUGCAUUUUGUUUUCCUUCUCAUUUUUUCCCCUUUCUGAUCUGAUUUUUUUUGUGCAGCACGAUAAUUGUGGAAAAGAAUUGCACAUUUAAUACAUAUUGGAUUACUUGCUGAGGAGCUGGGGGAAGGGAGGGAAAACAUUUAAAACACAAGGUUUUGUAAGGGUGAAUGCUGAAAAUUAUCCAUACACAUAGUUUGAAAAUAAACAGACUUAAUUAACAAAAAAUAAUCAUUCCAGUUAUUGUAUAAUACACUCUGACAGAGGGUUUCUUGCCUCUAGGAAGCCUGUCCUUCAUUAAAAGCAGCUAAUCAACAUCAGUCCAGAUGUGGGAAAGGAGGAUGAAGUGGAAGAGGUGCAAAGUAAUUUUGUACAUAGGAAUGAUACGAUCCUAACCCCCCCCAAAAAAUCCCUUUAUAUCUUCUGCCCUAUUUUGUGUAACUGUCUAAACCUAAAUUGUCUCCUGCCUCCAACAUGGAUGAACAGGAAAACUUUAAUCUUUCCUGGAAUAUUAUGGAGUUGGUGACAGUACUUGGAGGAUUGCAGGAGAAUUCCCUGUUUCCUGAUUUAAGAUCAGUUCAAAUAACUGUGCACAUUAAAGAGACUUCAAGAAAGCCAAUUUCAGUCAUCUGCUUUCUGCAGUGAUUUAGUCUGUUUAGAUUGUCAUUUCUCAGGAUUUUUUUGAACCACUUGGUAAUCCUUCACCCUUUUCCUUUAGGAGACUGGUUUAGAGAAAAAUAUAACCCAUGGAGUUUUAAUAGUGGUUUUCAAAUAAUCUUGUUAUUCUUAGUGGUCCAUGUUAUAAAAUAUUAAAUUCCCUUUAGCAAAGUAAUCACUAUCCAGUCCAUUUCAAUGUAAGUUUUCUCAAGCACAGUGACAUCCUUUAGAUCACAACUCUUUCUUUUUUUUUUUUUUUGUUUUUAUUAUAACUUUUUAUUAACAGAAAUACCUGGGUAAUUUUUUUACAACAUUAUCCCUUGCACUCACUUCCAUCUCUUCCCUUCCCUUCCCUAGAUGGCAAGCAGUCUUAUACAUGUUAAAUAUGUCACAGUAUAUCCUAGAUACAAUAUAUGUGUGCAGAAUGGAACCGUUCUCUUGUUGCACAGGGAGAAUUGGAUUCAGAAGGUAAAAAUAAUCCAAGAAGAAAAACAAAAAUGCAAACAGUUUACACUCAUUUCCCAGUAUAGGGUAUAACUGCUUCUGGCCAUCAUUGAUCAAUUGGAACUGAGUUAGAUCUUCUCUUUGUCAAAGAAAUCCACUUCCAUCAGAAUACAUCCUCGUACAAUAUCGUUGUCGAAGCGUAUAAUGAUCUCCUGGUUCUGCUCAUAUCACUUAGUAUCAGUUGAUGUACGUCUCUCCAAGCCUCUCUGUAUUCAUCCUGCUGGUCAUUUCUUACAGAACAAUAAUACAUAACAUUCAUAUACCACAAUUUACUCAACCAUUCUCCAAAUGAUGGGCAUCCAUUCAUUUUCCAGUUUUUAGCCACCAGUAAAAGGACUGCCACAAACA